UUAAUUUGCUGGAUAUGCAAAAAAGAGGAGAUUAGUUGGCACUCGAGAUACUUGAGAUCUUGACUCAACAGAUUGAUGAAUACUGAAACACCAACUGGAAGACAGCAACACAGGAACGGGGAGCCAGCUGAGGGAUUGCAGCGAUUAACAUUUGGCCAAUAGCUGCUAAGAAACAGAAGGAGAUUGAACAAUCGAACGAAACAGCCAGAUGCUCGAGAAGAUUCCGUCGAGAAAGGGAAUGCUGUAUCUCAUGAUUGGAAGUAGAAAUGUCAUUCAGAGGCAGCAAAAUGACGCAAAAGUGUCCAAUGGGUCAGUGUACCUUGAAAACCAAAGUCAAGGGAAUAAGAAACAGGGUACAUGCAAUUCAAUCAUUAAUCAAAUUGGUUGGGGAAUUACCUCGUUGCUUGCCCUGCUCAGAGACUUCAGUUACUCAGCAGAGGGCGCUAUCUAUCUCUUAUAGCAACUGGCAGUACAAAAGUUAUGGAUAUCAAAUGGGGCGAGAAGAAUUCUAAUGAAUGGUUUGCUCUGGUUUCACAGCUUUCCUUUGCAGAGAUAUGAUUGAUACCAAACUUCUGAAAUUGUACAUAAUAUGUCUUGAUUGAGAAUGUCACUGAAGCUGGAAGGCAGACAUAAACUCAUCAUUGCCAAUGCAGUAUCAUUAGAGGAAAUGAGAAUCAAACAGAAACUGUGGAAGUGCUGUAAAAACCGGGAAGAUGAGCCAGUGCGGAAGCGGGGAAAGCUUUUCACUGAAGGAUUCCUGCAUUAUGUUUUAUUUGUCUAAAAGAAACGGAAUCUGGGGACAGGAAUUGUGCCGGAUCGUCAUACUGGUUUCUGCUACAUGAGCACUUGCCCGGAGAUGAAGAACAUUACGAAGACUUGGACCAAAUGCUCCAAGAUCAGGUAAGUAAGUCAUUAUUUUUAACAUUUUAUUAGAUAUUUUGCCUGUAAAAUAUAAGCUUUCAGCAAGGGUUGGAUUCAGAAUUAGGACUGAUUGUAAUAUUGAGGUUAAUUCAUUUUAGAAGGAAUUUUAGUUUCCUAAACGCAUCUGUUUAUAGGGAAGCUCCUAUACUCAAUGGAUCCAUCAGAGCUAUAGUUUACUAAUAAAGUAAUGGCAAUACCAUCUCCUCUGCAUUCCACAUCACUCUCCAUUCUGUGGAGACAAUAAAGCAGAGGAAAAUAAGACCAGCUCUGGGAGAUGAAGCUGCAUAUGUAGAAGGAACAGAACGAUGAUCAGUAACUAUUUUUUUUGCUAAUUCAAGUCACUGAUUCCAAAGUGGAGUCUAAGCAAAAGGGGUAUUCAGUGCAUGAGAGAAUCACUGGCUGAAGCAAGAUUUAAAGUAAUUCAUUAACACUGAGUGUAAAAUAUUUCAACAGAUGUUGGUAGAAGUGUUAAAGCCUUGAAAGUGCAAAAUUCCUUUCAUUGAACCUAUGAUUUUCAAAGAAAAAUAAGCAAAGCUGUGGGUUCACAUGGCAACAGCCCAUACCCAUCGCAGCAACUCUUUUUGGAGGUUAGAUUUAGUGGGAGCAUGACAUUCUAAGAAUAAUUUCAAUAAAUUUUACACUUUCCAUUGUGAAUUAUGCUCCUAGACAUCCAAACAUGAGUUUAUGUCAAGUGAACUUUAUAAUGUUCUCUGAGAGAAUUUUUCACAUAAAGUCAGAAAAAAUUCUAACAGACAGUAAAAGACACUUUAUGCCGUGGUUAUUUACAUAACAAUGGGAGGGAGCAGUGCCACAUUAAACAGCACUUAUUACCUGUCGGCCAAUUAGCCUUAAAUUGAAUGCUUUUGAUAAAUCCAAGCAAAAGCUUUGGAAUUAGAAUCAAAAGAUGUCUUUCUGUCAAUUUCACUUAAGAGGAUACUUUGUAAGUACCAAAGGUUUGUGAACAUUUGAUUGCUCUCGGGACUAGGGCUGUGGUCAGGAAAUCCUCUGAUAAAGAGAAGAAUUUAUUGGAAUAGAUGGUCUGGAAGAUGGAGGAUAUGUAACAUCUAGCAGAAUGCAGACAAGGGAAUUUGAAGGAUGCAUCUACAAGCCAGAGUUUCUGUUUUGGCAAUGGUGCCAUUGGACAAGUACAUCUAGUAGACCAGAGAUAUUAGUUUUACUGCACUGAGUGUUCAUCAAUUACAAGUUCAACUGAAGUCAUUUACAUCGCGGCAGCCAAAAUUAAUAUUGUGAAUGAAUCAUGCUAUCAAAAGAAGGCUCGUAAUCAAGAAAAGAUAUCAACCUGGUUAUCCAGUCAAUUGCUAUCCUCAUGGAAUGCGCACAAAAGCAGUGAACAAGAAGCAUGGAAUGGCAGGAUAUGACUGACAUCAACUCUGGAACUUUAUAUAUGUCAACAAAACAAGCAGCUGACAGGUAAUGACUCAUGUAAACAGCAGUGAGGGAGGUCAAUCUUGAGUUUUCCCAUUCCCCGGAAUUAAAAAUGGCAAGGACAAUUAUUGCCACUAUCACGGUGGCUGCUACAAUCUUUUCGCUGGGCACGUCACUGAGCAACUGGAGAAUCAGGAAGAUUCCACCCAGGUGAGCAGGAUCCUAUUCGUUGGAAUCCUCACAUGUGUAAAGCUACUGCAAAGUCUUCAUGAAGGGGCUUCAAGCAACAGACACAGGAUUUGAUCAAUAUUUUGAUCUUCAGUUGAAGAGACUCUCAAGGCACACUCCCAAACAUAAUUACAAAGCUGGCCAAAAAUGCAUGGAGGUAAAAGAAUUGCGAGCAUCUUUCAGACCCUCUGCUAAUAGUCCAACAGUAAAACCGCAAAAUGAGUUCCGACGCGGAAAUGGAGGUUUUUGGUGCGGCUGCUCACUAUCUCCGCAAAACGGAGAAGGAGCGGAUUGAAGCGCAGAAUAAACCAUUCGACGCGAAAACAUCUUUUUAUGUCUUUGACCCAGUCGAAAUGUAUGUACCUAGUACAAUCCAGAGCAGGGAAGGUGGCAAAGUCACUGUGGAAACUAUUAAUAAAAAGACAGUGACUGUCAAAGAAGAUCAAGUCUUCCCAAUGAACCCUCCAAAAUUCGAUAAAAUCGAGGAUAUGGCCAUGUUGACCCAUUUGAAUGAAGCGUCCGUGCUGUUUAACCUCAAAGACCGUUACUCAGCAUGGAUGAUCUAUACCUACUCUGGGUUAUUCUGUGUCACGGUGAACCCCUACAAAUGGUUGCCAGUGUAUGAUCCUGCAGUUGUAGCGGCUUACAGAGGCAAAAAGCGACAGGAAGCCCCUCCUCACAUCUUCUCCAUCUCUGACAAUGCCUAUCAGUUCAUGUUGACUGAUCGUGAGAACCAGUCCAUUCUGAUUACCGGAGAAUCCGGUGCAGGGAAGACUGUGAACACGAAACGUGUCAUUCAGUACUUUGCGUCUAUUGCAGCCAGUGGCGAUCUCCAUAAGAAAAAAGAUGCUAAGAUGCAGGGAACCCUGGAGGAUCAAAUCAUCCAGGCAAAUCCACUGCUUGAAGCUUUUGGUAAUGCCAAGACAACGAGAAAUGACAAUUCAUCUCGCUUUGGUAAAUUCAUCAGAAUCCAUUUUGGAGCUACAGGGAAGUUGGCUUCUGCUGAUAUUGAGACUUAUCUGCUAGAAAAAUCUCGUGUAGUCUUCCAGUUGAAAGCUGAAAGAAGUUAUCAUAUUUUCUACCAGAUCACAUCGAAUAAGAAGCCAGAACUAAUCGAAAUGUUGCUCAUCACCACCAACCCAUAUGACUAUCCAUUUGUCAGUCAGGGAGAGAUAACUGUACCAAGUAUUAAUGAUCAAGAUGAAUUAAUGGCUACUGAUGAAGCCAUUGACAUCCUGGGUUUCACCCCUGAGGAAAAAGCAUGUAUCUACAAACUCACUGGUGCAGUAAUGCACUAUGGUAACCUUAAGUUCAAGCAGAAGCCAAGAGAGGAACAAGCUGAACCUGAUGGCACUGAAGUUGCUGACAAGGCUGCUUACCUAAUGGGCUUGAAUUCUGCAGAACUGUUAAAAUGUUUGUGCUUUCCAAGAGUAAAGGUUGGAAAUGAAUAUGUUACCAAAGGGCAAACAGUACAACAGGUUCACUAUGCAGUUAGUGCACUGGCAAAAUCUGUGUAUGAGAAGAUGUUUUUGUGGAUGGUUACACGGAUCAAUCAGCAAUUAGAAACAAAACAACCCAGACAAUAUUUCAUUGGUGUGCUGGAUAUUGCAGGCUUUGAAAUCUUUGAAUUCAACAGCCUGGAACAAUUAUGUAUAAACUUCACUAAUGAGAAGCUGCAGCAGUUCUUCAACCACCACAUGUUUGUUCUGGAACAAGAAGAGUACAAGAAGGAAGGAAUCCAGUGGGAAUUCAUUGACUUUGGUAUGGAUCUGGCUGCUUGCAUUGAGCUCAUUGAAAAGCCUAUGGGAAUCUUCUCAAUCCUGGAAGAGGAGUGCAUGUUCCCCAAGGCCUCAGACACUUCUUUCAAGAAUAAACUAUAUGAUCAGCAUCUUGGAAAAUCAAACAACUUCCAGAAGCCAAAGCUUACCAAAGGGAAAUCUGAAGCUCACUUCUCACUGAUCCACUAUGCUGGCACCGUAGACUACAAUAUUAAUGGCUGGUUGGAAAAGAACAAGGACCCUCUGAAUGAAACUGUUGUCGGCCUGUAUCAGAAAUCUUCAUUGAAGCUUCUAGCAACACUCUUCGCUGCCUACUCUGGUGAAGAUGCUACUGUGCCUAAGAAAAGUAUCAAGAAGAAGGGCUCUUCGUUCCAAACUGUGUCUGCACUAUUUAGGGAAAAUCUGAAUAAGCUAAUGACCAAUCUAAGAAGCACUCAUCCACACUUUGUACGUUGUAUAAUCCCCAAUGAAACUAAGACUCCAGGUGUGAUAGAGAAUCACUUGGUCAUUCAUCAGUUGAGAUGCAAUGGUGUGUUGGAAGGCAUUAGGAUUUGCAGAAAGGGAUUUCCAAGCAGAAUCCUUUAUGCUGACUUUAAACAAAGAUACAAACUCUUAAAUGCAAGUGCCAUACCGGAAGGACAAUUUAUUGACAGCAAGAAGGCUUCUGAGAAGCUGCUAAGCUCCAUUGAUGUUGAUCAUAACCAGUAUCGGUUCGGCCAUACUAAGGUAUUUUUCAAGGCUGGUCUCCUGGGUAUUCUAGAAGAAAUGAGAGAUGACAAAUUGGCCCAAAUCAUCACACGCACACAAGCCAUUUGCCGUGGUUUUCUAAUGAGAGUUGAAUUUCAGAAGAUGGUGGACAGAAGGGAUGCCAUCUUCGCUAUCCAAUACAACAUUCGUGCAUUCAUGAAUGUCAAGCAUUGGCCAUGGAUGAAACUGUUCUUCAAGAUCAAGCCUCUUCUGAGGAGUGCAGAAGCUGAAAAGGAAAUGGCAAACAUGAAAGUGGAAUUUGAGAAGACUAAAGAAGCACUAGCUAAAUCAGAAGCAAGAAGGAAGGAAUUGGAAGAAAAAAUGGUUAGCCUGCUUCAAGAAAAAAAUGACUUACUGCUUCAAGUUCAGGCAGAAGCAGAGGGCCUGGCAGAUGCAGAAGAAAGGUGUGACCAGCUCAUCAAAAGCAAAAUUAAUUUGGAAGCCAAGGUCAAGGAACUCAGUGAAAGACUGGAGGAUGAAGAAGAAUGUAAUGCAGAGUUGACAUCCAAGAAGAGAAAACUAGAAGAUGAAUGUUCCGAGUUAAAGAAAGACAUUGAUGACCUGGAACUCACACUAGCCAAAGUUGAAAGAGAAAAGCAUGCCACAGAAAACAAGGUUAAGAAUCUUACAGAAGAAAUGGCUUCCCUCGAUGAAAGCAUUAUCAAAUUAACAAAGGAGAAGAAAGCCCUCCAAGAAGCUCAUCAGCAAACUCUUGAUGAUCUCCAGGCUGAGGAGGACAAAGUUAACACCUUAACCAAAACCAAAGCUAAACUGGAACAACAAGUGGAUGACCUUGAAGGUUCUCUAGAACAAGAGAAAAAGCUUCGCAUGGACCUUGAGAGGGUAAAGAGGAAGCUCGAAGGGGAUUUAAAGCUGGUUCAGGAAUCAGUAAUGGACUUAGAAAAUGACAAACAGCAAUUGGAAGAGAAAGUGAAGAAGAAGGAUUUUGAAAUAAGCCAGUAUCAGAGUAAGAUUGAAGAUGAGCAAGUUCUUGGAGCGCAAUUGCAGAAGAAAAUCAAGGAACUGCAAGCCCGCAUUGAGGAACUCGAAGAGGAGAUUGAAGCUGAACGUACAGUUCGUGCUAAGACAGAGAAGCAAAGGUCUGACUAUGCCCGUGAGCUGGAGGAAAUCAGUGAACGACUUGAGGAAGCUGGAGGUGCAACUGCCGUCCAGAUUGAGUUGAACAAGAAACGUGAAGUGGAGUUUCAGAAGAUGCGGCGCGAUCUGGAAGAAGCUACCCUCCAGCAUGAAGCCAUGGCUGCUGCUCUUCGUAAGAAGCAGGCUGAUAGUGUGGCUGAACUUGGGGAACAAAUCGACAACCUGCAACGUGUGAAACAGAAGCUGGAGAAGGAAAAGAGUGAGCUGAAGAUGGAAAUUGAUGACAUGGCUAGCAACAUGGAAAUGGUUUCUAAAUUAAAGGGUAAUCUAGAGAAGAACUGUCGAACUCUUGAGGACCAACUUAAUGAAAUAAAAGCAAAACAUGAAGAACAAACCCGUCUUAUGAAUGACAUAUCAACACAACGAGCUCGAUUACAGACAGAAAAUGGGGAACUAAGUCGACAGGUUGAAGAAAAGGAUGCCCUCAUUUCACAAUUUACUCGUGGGAAACAAGCAUUCACUCAACAAAUUGAGGAGCUAAAGAGGCAAUUGGAAGAAGAAACUAAGGCUAAGAGUGCUUUGGCACAUGCUCUGCAAUCCGCCCGCCAUGACUGUGAUUUGCUCCGUGAACAAUAUGAAGAGGAACAGGAGGCAAAGGCCGAGCUCCAGCGCGGCAUGUCCAAGGCCAACAGUGAAGUUGCUCAGUGGAGGACAAAGUACGAAACUGAUGCAAUCCAGCGCACAGAGGAACUGGAAGAGGCCAAGAAAAAACUUGCACAGCGACUCCAAGACGCUGAGGACAAUGUUGAAGCAGUGAAUUCCAAGUGUGCCUCACUGGAAAAGACAAAACUGCGCUUGCAAGGAGAAGUGGAAGAUCUAAUGAUUGAUGUGGAGAGAGCUAAUGCUGCUGCAGCCGCUCUUGAUAAGAAGCAGAGAAACUUUGACAAGAUUCUGGCAGAAUGGAAGCAGAAAUAUGAGGAGACCCAAAGUGAUCUGGAGGCAACACAGAAGGAAUCCCGUUCUCUAAGUACAGAAUUGUUCAAGAUGAAAAAUGUUUAUGAGGAAGCUUUAGAAAACCUGGAAACUCUUAAACGAGAGAAUAAGAAUCUGCAGCAGGAGAUCUCAGACCUGACUGAACAGAUUGGUGAAAAUGGAAAGACUAUCCAUGAGCUGGAAAAAGCUAAAAAGUUGGCUGAGCAAGAAAAGGCUGAUCUUCAUGCAGCAUUAGAAGAGGCUGAGGCAUCUCUGGAGCAUGAAGAAAGUAAAAUCCUGCGUAUUCAGCUGGAAUUGACCCAGGUGAAAUCAGAAGUGGACAGGCGGAUUGCGGAAAAAGAUGAAGAGAUCGAGCAAAUCAAAAGGAAUUAUCAGCGGACUGUGGACACAAUGCAGAUUGCUCUGGAUGCUGAAAUUAGGAGCAGAAAUGAUGCCCUGAGGAUCAAGAAAAAAAUGGAAGGAGAUUUGAAUGAAAUGGAAAUUCAGUUGAACCAUGCAAACCGUCAAGCGGCAGAUGCUGUGAAACAUUUCCGAAACUUGCAAGUCCAGUUCAAGGAAUGCCAGUUGCAUCUUGAUGAGGCCCUCCGAAGCCAAGAUGAUCUGAAAGAACAACUGGCUAUGAUUGAACGGAGAUGCAACUUACAGCUUGCUGAAAUCGAGGAAUUACGAGCAGCCCUUGAACAAACAGAUAGAUCUCGCAAAAUUGCUGAGCAGGAAUUGGUUGAUGCAAGUGAACGUGUGCAACUCCUGCACACCCAGAAUACCUCUCUCAUAAACACAAAGAAGAAACUUGAAACUGAUAUUAGCCAGCUUCAAAAUGAAGUUGAAGAUGCUAUUCAAGAAUCAAGAAACGCAGAAGAGAAAGCAAAGAAAGCCAUAACAGAUGCUGCUAUGAUGGCGGAAGAGCUGAAAAAGGAACAAGACACCAGUGCUCAUUUGGAAAGAAUGAAAAAGAAUCUGGAGCAGACUGUGAAAGAUCUGCAACUCCGUCUGGAUGAGGCCGAGCAGCUGGCUAUGAAAGGUGGAAAGAAACAGCUCCAGAAACUGGAGGCCAGGGUACGUGAGCUUGAGAAUGAACUUGAAGCUGAGCAAAAGCGAAGUUCAGAGGCAACUAAAGGUCUACGUAAAUUCGAAAGGAGGGUCAAAGAGCUCCUGUACCAGACUGAGGAAGACAGAAAGAAUAAUCUGAGACUCCAGGACCUGGUUGACAAACUGCAAAUGAAAGUUAAAACCUAUAAGAGGCAGUCUGAGGAGGCUGAGGAACAAUCCAAUGUCCACUUAACCAAAUUUAGGAAGGUGCAACAUGAAUUGGAAGAAGCAGAGGAACGUGCUGAUAUUGCAGAAUCCCAGGUCAACAAACUCAGGGCUAAAAGUCGUGAUUUUGCAAGCAAGAAAGGACUAGAAAGUGAAGAAUGAACCUGAUUCAGAAAUUCAGCAGUGAUUACAAGAAAUCUGCAUAAU